CUUGAAGAACUGCACAGUGGUGCGAGCCAGAGGCAUACUGUGUGUGUGUAACAGACUGAGAAACAGACAAAUGAAUCCUAUUGAAAGGAUUUCUCGUCUUCUGCUUCUGUUUGCCAGUGUUAGUGUUUUACUGGCUUAUACUGGUACCUUUUUCUGGUACCUUUUUUUCUAUACCAUCGUUCUGUUCUAAUGGGUCCUAGAAAUCCCUCUCCUGACCCCUUAUCAGAAUCAGAAAGUGAGGAAGGAGAAACGCUAAGAAAACACUGAAUAAACGCUAACUACCUAAAUGAAAGUUCUGGGGAAGAGUGGGAUUCCUCUGAAGAAGAGGACCCUGUGGUGCCCAACCUAACACCUCUUGAGAGUCUUGCCUGGCAGGUUAAAUGCCUUUUAAAAUAUCCUACAACUUGGAAACCUUUAAAUCCUAAUUCCUGGUUGUAUCAUGCUAAACUCUUGGAUGCUAGCACACCAGUCCAUAUACUUCGAGAGACAGGACUAAGACAUUGUGUACCCAAACUGGAACCAAUUCCUGAGUGGCCUCCUCCAGGCUCUUGUGGAGUCCCACCUUUUCAAAAGCCCCUUAUGAGUCCCAGCCGGCUUUCUAGAGAUCAUGCCACUUUAAAUGGAGUACCGUACUUUGCCACCAAACAGUUAAGCCGAACAUUGAGUACAGCCACUCCCAUACCUGAGUACCUAAAACAAAUUCCUAAUUCGUGUGUUUCUGGUUGUUGCUGUGGCUGGUUAACUAAAACAGUUAAGGAAACAACCCGCACUGAACCCAUCAACACUACUUACUCCUACCCUGAGUUCCAAAAGGCAGUUAACAAACUCCUAACUGCAUCAGUAUAAAGAUCCACC